GCAUAACGGAAGCGGAAGGACGCCAACUACGCCUGCGCGCAGUUCUGAGGGAGGCGGAAGUGCGCACGCGCGCGGGCUCCAGUCAGCGGUUAGAUGGAUGGAGUCUUCACACCGGCGGUCGCUGCAGCACUUGCCGCGCUCCGACCCCGACCAGUCGCACCCCAGAGCAGUAUGAAACCAGAAAGACACCGGAAGACCAUCUUGGCCUUAAAUAAGAAACAUAAGGCUCUCCCUCCGGUCCAUAUGAAAGGUAAGAGUUCCAGUCCCGUUCGGAUGGAGCCAGACGUCAACCCCCAGGAUGAGAAGCAGCAUCGGAAAAGUACACCAAGAAGAUCUUCACAAGUCCCACGAGAAGACUUUGAUGGUCCUCCACCUCCUUCUUUUAAGCCUCUGUGUCCGGCCAAGCCCUCCCCCAGUUUCCUGGAACUCCCAUCAACUCAGUGGAGGCCCAGCCAAGGCCUGCCACAUACCCAGACAGCUCGGAUCGGGAAGGGAAAGAGACAUUUCUCCCCUGAACAUCAGCCCCAGGAGUGUUUUGGCCUGCUGGAGUGCAUGCACAACAACAUCCAGACACAGACACAGAUCGCACAGGCACAGCUCGCCCUCCUCGAAGACAUGCGAGAGUCCAUGAACACCCUCCUUGCCAGGCAGGAGAAGCAAAACCAGGAGCGCCUGGGGCAGCCAGAUCAACGCACCACAAAGGGCUCAGCCUCCUCUCCCAACCCCGCCAGCUAGCAGCCUUCGCACCUGCCAUCCUGUCCAACUCAAAGCUCUCGGUCUCCUUGAGCCAUGGUAGCAAACCUCAUGUCACCCAGAUGUUUUGGGUGACAAUUCCCAUCAUGUUGGUUGGGGUGGAUGGGCAUUGUGGUCCAACACAUCUGGAGGGCUGCCAGGUGGGUAAAAGCUACCCAAGAGCAACUGUGUACCUAUUCCUACCACACGCUGCGACAAUAUACGAUUUCCGUAAAUUAGCAAUGCUUGUAAAAUUUGAUUUCUUUUUCUGCGCUGGCUGGCAGUAUUAUGUGGUGUGGGAAGAGACAAUGAUUUGAAAUAAACAUGGUUGUUAUAAACA